UUCUUGCAACCUUCCGAAGAUGGAGAAGAGCACGUCUUAGGUCUCGCGUGAACGUGGAUACUCUGUUCUUUUCUAGGUGUAGAAUUGCACGUCCGCCUUUAUAUUGCUACGCUUCUCGGAGUUAACGUUCAGUUUUCGGUAUUUUAUCGUUUGUUUUAUUUCUCUUUUUUCACAGCCUCUGCGGAGUUGCAGCUCGAAUGUUAGGGUAAUCGUAGUCCUAUGCACAUCCGGGCCACAAUGCCGUGACUCCAUUACUCCUCAUUCACUGUAAAACUAAGGAGUCGGGGUAAAGGGUGGUAUAUUUUUAUGAAGCUUUAUGUUUUGUAAAUAUUUUUUAUAAAUUUGCGUCAAGCUGGAACACAAAGGGACAUGUCUAAUCAAGGGGUGAGGAGAAAUGGCCCAGUGAAACUGCGGUUGACAGUCCUUUGUGCCAAGAACUUGUCAAAGAAAGACUUCUUCCGCCUACCUGACCCAUUCGCCAAGGUCGUUGUGGACGGAUCCGGGCAAUGCCACUCAACAGACACAGUCAGGAACACGCUGGACCCCAAGUGGAACCAACAUUAUGACCUAUAUAUCGGGAAGGCGGACUCCAUCACCAUCAGCGUGUGGAACCACAAGAAGAUCCAUAAGAAGCAGGGCGCGGGGUUCCUGGGCUGCGUCAGACUCCUCUCCAACGCCAUCAACCGCCUCAAAGACACUGGCUAUCACAGACUUGACCUCAACAAGCUGGGCCCCAAUGACAAUGAAACUGUGAGGGGCCAGAUUGUGGUGAGCCUGCAGUCUCGCGACCGCAUCGGCACCGGAGGGCCCGUGGUGGACUGCAGCCGGCUGUUCGACAACGACUUACCUGACGGCUGGGAGGAGAGGAGAACCGUGUCUGGCCGGAUCCAGUACCUCAACCACAUCACGCGCACCACUCAGUGGGAGAGACCCACCAGGCCUGCGUCGGAGUACUCGAGCCCCGGCCGGCCCCUGAGCUGCCUGGUGGACGAGAACACGCCCGUCCUGGAGACGAACGGCGCGUCGAGCGGGCAGCAGCAGCAGCAGCAGCAGCAGCAGCAGCAGCAGCAGACGCCGGGCGACCCCCGCGCCCAGGAGCGCCGCGUCCGCUCCCAGAGGCACCGCAACUACAUGAGCCGCACCCACCUGCACUCCACCCCCGACCUGCCCGAGGGAUACGAGCAGAGGACCACGCAGCAGGGCCAGGUCUACUUCCUCCACACGCAGACCGGCGUCAGCACGUGGCACGACCCCAGAGUACCCAGGGACCUGAGCAAUGUGAACUGUGAGGAGCUGGGUCCUCUUCCGCCGGGCUGGGAGAUCCGCAACACGGCCACGGGCCGCGUCUACUUCGUGGACCACAACAACCGCACCACGCAGUUCACCGACCCACGCCUCUCCGCCAACCUCCACCUGGUGCUCAACAGUCCAAGCCCCAAUGGUUCACGUGUCGGGAUGGAGAGCCAGAACUCUAACCUCAGGGCCUCGGACGACUGCAGGCUGCAGGGCCCAGCCCUCACGUCAGACGAGAAGGGAAACCCUCGUCCGCCCCAGCUGAAGGAGCAGGCGCCUCCGCAGCAGGUGUUGUCCCCGGCGACGCUGCCGGAGGACGCCGAGUGCCUGACGGUGCCCAAGUACAAGCGCGACCUGGUGCAGAAGCUCAAGAUCCUGCGGCAGGAGCUCUCGCAGCAGCAGCCCCAGGCCGGACACUGCCGCAUCGAGGUGUCCCGCGAGGAGAUCUUCGAGGAGUCGUACCGGCAGGUGAUGAAGAUGAGGCCGAAGGACCUGUGGAAGAGACUGAUGGUGAAGUUCAGAGGAGAGGAGGGGUUGGACUAUGGCGGGGUGGCCAGGGAGUGGUUGUAUCUUUUAUCUCAUGAGAUGCUGAACCCAUACUAUGGCCUGUUCCAGUACUCCAGAGAUGACAUUUACACGCUGCAGAUCAACCCCGACUCGGCCGUCAACCCAGAGCACCUGUCCUACUUCCACUUUGUGGGGCGGAUCAUGGGCAUGGCGGUGUUCCACGGCCACUACAUCGACGGCGGCUUCACGCUGCCCUUCUACAAGCAGCUGCUGGGCAAGCCCAUCACCCUGGACGACAUGGAGUCCGUGGACCCCGACCUGCACAAGAGCCUCGUCUGGAUCCUGGACAAUGACAUCACGGGCGUGCUGGACCACACCUUCUGCGUGGAGCACAACGCCUAUGGCGAGAUCAUCCAGCACGAGCUCAAGCCCAACGGCAAGAGCGUCCCCGUCACCGAAGAUACCAAGAAGGAGUACGUCAGGCUGUACGUCAACUGGAGAUUCCUGCACGGCAUCGAGGCUCAGUUCCUGGCCUUACAGAAGGGCUUCAACGAGGUCAUUCCACAGCACCUGCUCAAGGCCUUUGAUGAGAAAGAGCUGGAGCUGAUCGUGUGCGGUCUGGGCAAGAUCGACAUCAACGACUGGAAGUCGCACACGCGGCUCAAGCACUGCACGCCGGACAGCAACAACGUCAAGUGGUUCUGGAAGGCCGUGGAGUCCUUCGACGAGGAGCGCCGCGCACGCCUGCUGCAGUUCGUCACCGGCUCCUCCAGAGUGCCCCUGCAGGGCUUCAAGGCACUACAAGGAGCUGCAGGACCGAGGCAGUUCACCAUCCAUCAGAUUGAUGCGAACACCAACAACCUGCCCAAGGCCCAUACCUGCUUCAACCGCAUCGACAUUCCCCCGUACGAGCACUAUGACAAGCUGUACGACAAGCUGCUGACGGCCAUCGAGGAGACGUGCGGCUUCGCCGUGGAGUGACCAGAGCAGGCCAACCAGAGAGCGACACACACAGACAGACGGACAGACAGACAGACGCAGACCGAUGGACAGGAAGGGCGAGUGCUGGUGGUGAUGAUGGUGGUGGUAGAGAGAGCUGGACGGACAGGGCAGUCUGGUUCUCGAGAGUGACCCCUUCCACGGAGCCAGCGGACCCCUCGGCCGCCCCCCCGCCCAGCAGUGGCCACCUUCCAGAUUAGAGGGACCUGCUCACCACACAGCAACACUCUCGCCUAUUCACCCACCUGGUUUUAUUUUUAGUUAUUAGUAUUUUUGUUUUUGUUUUUGUUUUUGUUUUGUUUGUGCGUGUGUGUGUGUGUGUGUUUGAAUGGGAGUGUUUGCUCCGUUCUUCCUAUAUUUAGAUGAUGUUUUUCUGUUGAUUUUUCAUUUUUUAUUUUUAAAUGUCUUAGCUGCUAAAGACUUGAUUUUUAUUUCUGAACCUUGAAAACCUGCAAGAAUCACAAUUUUUUUUUUAAAGCUUUUUUUUUCUGUUGGUUUUGUCUUUGGUCUGUCCUGGAUAAUUGAAAUAUUUUAGUGGGAAUUAUUUUUAAGGGAAAGUACCGUUACAUAUAUUUAGAAAUGUAUUUUUUAUUUCGGUUGUUGUCUUAGGGGGGCAAUAUCUAAAACCGUCUCUAAAUCUAUACCUAUAUGCCCAGGUCUUGCGUCUGUGUGUGAGAAUAGAUCUUACGAGAGUCUUACGAGAAAUCAAGGUGGGAAGAGAAAGACACACACACACACAAACACACACACACACACACACAUACACAUAAAUACACACACACACACACACACACACAUCUAUAUGUAAUUGUGGCCAGUCUUGGACUACAUGUGAACUCGGUGAUUAGUCCCUCCUGCUGACUGCAGGGUUGCCCAGACAGGUCCUCAGAUAAGCCUGGUCCUUGUAAGCCGUGUGUGUGUGUGUGUGUGUGCACGCGCAGUGCACAGUGCAGUGCGGUUGUCCUCGCUCACACACCGUGUGACCUGGCCGGGGAGGUGAACAUGAGCUCAUGGGGCAUUAUCAGUGUCACCACCGGCCUCUACCACAGUCCAGCUAAGGACCAGAUGAUGUCACAUCCUCUGCAGACAUCAUAUAUAUAUAUAUACACACACACACAGACACACACACACACACACAUAUAUAUACAGACACACAUGGAAAAGUAAAAGUUCACACUGUCCAAGAGAGGCCCGAGGAGCCAUACUGCCGUCAUUCUUGCCCAAAGAAAACAUGACCCGUCAUGUAUCUAAUCUCAAAGUCCUACUGAGAUCUGCCAAUUUCUUGCAUAGGAGGAAAUAAUAUUUUCAUUUCUGUUUUUUUUUUUUUCCCUGGUUGUUUUUAAUGCCAUUGUAGAUGAUGUGGUCUCAAGUCCACGUUGGUGUGUGUCUUAGUGGGAGUGCAGAGUGAAGGUUGAGAGAGGUUUGAAGCCCUAGCUCAGCUCUGCUCCCUCUGCAGCGCUGACAAUGAGACCAAGCAGCAGCGCCGCCGUCGUCGUGGCGUUGGGACGAGUGUGGCCCGGUGAUCCCCCCCCCCCCAGAACAAUGACAUGAGAGUCCGAGAUACACAAGCUGGACCGUAAAAGUCAGAGCUGUCGUCUGCAGGAUCUAAGGGCUUAAGACCGUGGCGCGUCUGCAGUCGACAAAUGUAGCUGCUAUCCAACAAAGUUGUCGAGGCCUGCCAUCGAGGUUUGACAACGAUGCUUCUCUUUUUGGAUUUGUGUGGGAUUCGAGUCGUCCGGGCACAGGAUGGGGUUUUAUGCUGCCGUUUUGGCAGUCUUGUGCUUAGCUUGUGCGUUGUGACGGCAUGCUGUCUCCCCAAAAGUUGCGAGCGAGAAUGUGUAUUGCAAAACUAUAUGAGCCAGUAUGAGCUGUGGUGGACGUCCGUCAGAGGUCGGUCCAGAUGAAAUGUCAAAUGGAGCGAAAUUAGAUGUGCGUUUUCCUCUCGACUUCCUCCACCCCCUUGCAGCCCCUCAUCAAAGUGUGUGUGGGUGUGUAUGUGUGUGUGUGUGUGAGUGUGUGUGAGUGUCUUUGUGGAUGAGUGUGUUUGUGGAUGAGUGUGACCACUUUUUUGUGCAAGCUAGCCAGACUGUUGCUGAAGGUCCCUGCUGGAAGGUUGGUCCCAACUAUGCAGAGAUAAACCACACUCAAGGGCAGGGCUUCUGACCAGCUUUAGGAAAUGAUCAGUCCCCCGCCCCUUUGUAACAACAUAGAAAAAGCCUCUUCUCUUUAAAGAGUGUGUGAUAUUUUUUUCUAUGUGACAUCCCAGUUUUAAAAGGCAGAAAUGUGUUUUCUUUUUGUUUUGUUCGUUGUUUUUUUUCCCCUUGCAACUCUUGAGCACUUUAGAAACUUGGCAGACAGGAGAUGCGCAUAUUCAUUCAAAAAUACGACCUGAUGCCGGAAUCUCUCCCUGUUAUCUUGCAUUGGAAAUAUACUUGGAUAUAUAUCUAUGUCUAUAUAUAUACCAGUCAUUUAGAGUAUAUAUGUACAAAUACAUAUAUAUUUUGUAUAUGGCUUGUCUAUUCUGUCUUAGUAUAUUACACAGACCUCACGCUACAUACUCAGGUGAUGGCUUUUAGAGAUAUGUUUGGUGUCUUGCUCGUGUGAAGCUUGUUUGUGAUGACGGUAGAAUGAGUCUUCUGCUCUGGUUGCAUGUCUUCCUUGGUGUGUGAAGGGCGUGGCCCCGUGUGUCCUGUGACAAUGCCCUCCCUAUAGAGAAUGCAUGGAGAACUCAGCCUUGUUUCUAAGUUCACGGAGGACUGAAUUUCUAUUUUUUAUUUUUUUGUUUUUUUGCCCCAUCUCCUUAAACUCUUCGUGGCAACGGAACAGGUGUGGACUCUUAAAUGAAGAAAAAAAACAAAACCCUGCUCUGUCCCAGUGUGUUGGACGAGACUGAACCCCCAUAUUUCACGCCGUCACCGCCCACGGCCCGGGUCACUCAUGGGCUUCCGAGACGAGUACGCCGGGCCAGACGGGGUCGACGUUCAGCCCCGAGAACGCCACGCGUGUGUUCUCGCGAGAAUCCCACACAUGCACGUAUAGGGACGGUUUUUUGUACUUUGCUUUUAUUUAUUUGCAUUCUCAUCUCUCUGCAGCGCCCCCUAUGGUUUGUUCUUUUGUAACUGCCUGUCUAUAGCAAUCGAUGACCAUGGACUGUUCUUGAUCUUUGCAUUGGAAGGAAGGAAGAGAAGAAGAGCCCAGUGUUCCCCCUCUUGCCUUCUUUAGAGUUGAGCUACAGCCUCUUGAUCGUGCAAAUUGAGUAUCAUGAAAUGGUGCUUUGUACAGUAUACAUUAUUGUUCAUAUGCAGAUCCAGACUUACUUUUAAUUUAUCUUAAAAAGAAGAAAAAUGCAAAAAAAAAAGCGAGGAAAACAUCCUAUAUACAUACAGUACAUGUUUUGCACACAGAGACUUAAGUUGCUCAGCAAUAAAGGGCAACUUCCAUAUUUACUGACUUUUGUAUAGUUCCUAUAACACAUUAACAUGUCCAAUGCACACAUACAGCUUUUUGUGCUUUUAACAGUUAGCCGUAAUCAUGAAAAGUCUUCAUUGUGCGUCAUCGCCGAUUGGGUGAUCUUUUUUUUUUUUGUUGCGUAUCAAAAGUCAGUUUUUGGGUAAUGCAAAUGCGUCCUCUGUAGCAUGGCAAAUGUAUCUGUUAUCUAAUGGCUAACUGGUGCAGUUAGCUAGAAUUGCAACACACUAUGAGUCUUUUUUUAAUUUUAUUGUUUUUGAGUGUUUGUUGUGUGAUAAGUUGGCCUUUGCUGCGCUUAUGUAAAUGUGUUCUGGACUCGUUUUAAAGCGACAAAACCCUUUCAUGUCAAGCCAUCUGUUCCAUCUGAAUCUUUUUUUUUUUUUUUUUUUGUAUUUUAAUCAUUUUGGUUUCCAUUGGACUCAUUUUGUAUUUAUUACUACAGUGUGUCAGUCUCACGUGGCUGUUUUUGUAUGCUUUCUCUCUCUCACACACACACACACACACACUUGUACAUAAAGUCCCAUUGAGGAGAACCAGUCUCCUGUAGCCCUGCAGAGAUGAGCAAUAAAGUCCAUGCUGUUCGCAACUGGCAGCAAACCUGUUUAAUAAACA